CAGAUUUUUAACAACAUGGCGAAUAAGUGUAGCUCUUGUCUGUGUAUACUAACGGAUGAAGAUACUGUGAGACAUCCCGGUUCCGAAUGCGAGCAUUCAUAUCACUUGAACUGUGCGAAGCAUUUGCUCCGGACGUCGUUGCAUAGUGAGGUUAUUGCGCUUUUUAAAAAAUCAUGCUAUGGGUGCACCACCUUGUCUUCAUCGUCCGGUGCUGCAGCUAUAGAGUCAAUCAAUUCCAUCAUAGAAUCGGUAGAGAAGAAAUUGGAAUCCAUGAAAGUUUUAGAUGAAACUAUUAACGAUGUUUCAACAAGGAUUGAUAACUUCAUCAACUCGGAUGGGGUUUUGAAAAGCGAAUGGCCGAAUCUCGAUGAGUUUUUGGCCGGUAUUAAAAACAGCCAGAAGCGUCUUCUGGAAUUGCUCGCCGAUCAUGAGCACUGCAUUAACAAAAUUGGAGAUACCCUCGAUCAAGCAAACAGUGUAACUUGUAUUGCCCAGCAGGAACAGUGGCUUCUUGAACUGCCGACAAGCUCCGAAUUACCCGAGAAGCAAGGCCUGCAUCUGCGGAGCAUAGAGGAGCCCAGGAUGACGGCGGAAACUGCGGCCCCCUGCGUCCAGGGGGUCAGUGCCAUGGGUUCGGCCUCCCAGCAGGGCCAAGACAGCGGUGGACACAUGAAGUUUUAUUACACGAACGUAUCAUCAGCACCUGCGAUAUACGACCCGGAAUACGCCCGCAUGGAGGCCUGGCUCGACGAGCAUCCGGACUUUGUCACCGACUACUUUCUCAGGAAGGUGACACGUCAGACGGUAGAUUUGUGGCUGCUCUCGCACGCGACCCCAACCUCGGCGACGGGGAGCUGCAUGGAGUUGUCAAGCCCCACACACGCAGCCCCGUCUUCCUCGAGUCGCGGUGGUUCCGGAGCGACGACACCCGUCAGAAAGAUAUCAGCCCACGAGUUCGAGCGGGGCGGCCUUUUGAAGCCGAUCGUUAACACCAUCGACGGGACCCCGACGUUUUUGAGCGUCUCCGGAGAACCGGGACAGCCGGGAAACCAGCAGGUCGGAGCCGGGACGCCGGGACGACCGCAACGUCGCUCGAGACACGAGCUGCGACACCUCGACGAAAAGGAUCUCAUAUUUGAGCUGGUAAAGGACAUCUGCAAUGAGCUGGACGUGAGAUCGCUGUGUCACAAAAUUCUCCAGAACGUGAGCACAUUGCUGCACGCGGACAGAGGAUCGCUGUUUCUAGUCCAGGGUGAAAGGGGCGGCGGUUGUACGCCGCACAAUAACCGGAAUCGUGAUCACGGUCAAGGGAGGAAUCAAUCAUAUUCGAGGAGUCGAUGUCUCGUCUCGAAGCUGUUCGACGUGUGUUCGAGGUCCACCCUCCUUGAGAUGGAGAAGAAAGACGAGAUUAGAAUACCCUGGGGUACGGGGAUCGUCGGUUACGUCGCGGAGAGCGGGGAACCCGUCAAUAUUCCUGACGCGUACAAGGACGCCAGGUUCAACCGGGAGAUAGACGCUUUAACGGGGUACAGAACCAGAGCUCUGCUCUGCAUGCCCAUCAAGGACUGCAGCGGAGACGUGGUCGGGGUCGCCCAGGUGAUCAACAAACUUGGGGGCGAGGGCCAAUUCACAACGCAAGAUGAAAAGGUGUUCGCCGGAUAUCUCCAGUUCUGUGGCAUUGGUCUUAGGAACGCACAGCUCUACGAGAAGAGUCAGUUGGAGGUGAAACGGAAUCAGGUUCUUCUCGAUUUGGCGCGGAUGAUAUUCGAGGAACAGAGCACCAUCGAGCACAUGGUCUUCAGGAUUCUGACCCACACCCAGUCCCUCAUACAGUGUCAACGAGUCCAGGUUCUUUUGGUCCACAAGGCGUCGAAGAUCAGCUUCUCCCGCGUCUUUGACUUCGAGGCGAGUGACCUCGCCGGAGAGGAUUCGGAUUCCCGCACUAGUCCCUUUGAAAGCAGAUUUCCUAUCAACGUCGGUAUUACCGGUUACGUAGCCACAACCGGUGAGACGGUGAAUAUCCCCAAUGCCUACGAGGACGUCAGGUUCGACCCAUCGGUUGAUAACGGCACGGGGUUCCGCCACCGUGGAAUUCUUUGUAUGCCAAUCAAGAACUCCUCGGGGCAAAUAAUAGGCGUUAUUCAACUGAUAAACAAGUUCGACGACCUCGCGUUUACUAAAAAUGACGAGAACUUCGUCGAGGCGUUUGCCAUUUUCUGUGGUAUGGGUAUCCACAACACUCACAUGUACGAAAAGGCUGUGAUAGCGAUGGCGAAGCAGAGCGUCACCCUCGAGGUUUUGAGUUAUCACGCUUCAGCGUCUCUAGAAGACGCGCUAAGACUGAGGCAGGAGUUGCGGGUUCCUUCUGCGGCGCAUUUCCAGCUCCACGAUUUUAAGUUCGACGACAUUCAUAUGAAGGACGACGAGACACUCGCCGCCUGUCUUCGCAUGUUCCUAGACCUUGACUUCGUCGAACGAUUUCACAUCGAUUACGAAGUUCUUUGCCGAUGGUUACUUAGCGUCAAGAAGAACUACAGGAACGUCACGUAUCAUAACUGGCGACACGCUUUCAACGUGUCUCAAAUGAUGUUUGCCAUCCUUACGGCCACUCAAUGGUGGAAAAUCUUCGGAGAAAUCGAAUGCCUAGCAUUGAUAAUUGCCUGCUUGUGUCACGAUCUUGAUCACCGGGGGACCAACAACUCGUUUCAAAUCAAAGCGUCUUCGCCGUUGGCACGACUUUAUUCCACGUCUACGAUGGAACACCACCACUUCGACCAGUGCUUGAUGAUUCUUAGCAGCCAUGGUAAUCAGAUCCUAGCAAACGUCUCGCCGGACGAAUAUUCCCGAGUAGUCAAGGUCCUGGAGGAGGCCAUCCUAUCGACCGAUUUGGCCGUCUAUUUUCGCAAGAGAGGAGCAUUCCUCAGUCUAGCCCAGGGUGGGUCGUACAAUUGGGCGCUAGGUGAACACCGCGAACUGUUACGUGGCAUGUUGAUGACCGUCUGCGACUUGGCAGCGAUCACAAAACCCUGGGAGGUCGAAAAACGCGUCGCCGAACUCGUGACCAGCGAGUUCUUCGAACAGGGUGACAUCGAGAGACAAACAUUGAACAUUACUCCUAUUGAUAUUAUGAACAGAGAAAAAGAGGACCAAUUACCGAUGAUGCAAGUCGACUUUAUCGAUUCCAUUUGCCUUCCGAUAUACAAGGCAUUCGCGCUGCUUUCGGAUAAGCUGGAGCCGUUGGAGGAAGGAGUUCGAAGUAACAGACAGCACUGGAUUGAUAUUGCGAAUUCGCAAAGCGACAGCCCGAAUCAUCGUACGAAUCACGAUAGGUCCUUGGUUGAAUCAGCCUCGGAAAAUUCGGACAUCGAUGAAAACGAAGACACUAACGAGGGUCACAGUAUCGAGCAGUAGAUUAUACAUAGCGUCGGGACGAUUAUGCCUCCUCAAUUUGACUUCAAUACCGUCCUCGCGAUCCGUACUUGGCCAGCACUUGAGCAGGCUUAAAUUCAUAAGCUCCUUUCACGGUCGUGUCAGAGGAUUGAGGUUGAACCGCGUUUUAAACCUGGCAAAUAUGUAAACAGCGAUUCGAACUCGCGUUGGGCUCUUUGUCAUAAGAGCUGACGCGAUAUUUGACUGAUUGUGAGUCGUCGGUUUAAUUCAACGAGUCGAGUCAGUCAGAAAGUUUUACCUAUUCAAAGUCCAAGUGUCAGGCAUUCGCUUCGGUGAUAUUCGACGUGCUUCGAUGCAACCGCGUUGGUGACCUCGUACAGCGAGUUUACUGGGACCAUAUAAUAGCAUUGAAUUGCCGUUUAGUUUAUGUGCAAUCUAAGUGCAGUUAUACGGACACGGGGUGAAUUUCGAAUGGCUUGAUACUUUGAUUUUACUGAUUUAUAUGUGGCUCGAAAUCCGUUUCAAGCUACCGCUGUCACCGGUCGAAGCGAGUCCUGAUACUGACUGAUACAAAGACUUAAUUCUCGGUUCGUUCGCUCGGCGACAGAGCGAUAGUAUUGAAAAACGGCUAUGAUGCGCUAGGCACGACUUAAGCAUAUCUUAAGUUUUUAAGUGUAAAUACCUAGAUCGACGAAUGGUUCAGUUUUCCUCCUCGAAUAUGAGCAACGACUAAGUGUGAAUCAUCAAAUCGUGUGAUUUUAACCAAAUUUUAAAGAAUUAAAGAAUUAAAUAAAAUAUUAACCUAAUUAAGGAAAAAAAAAAAUAUGAUCGUCAUUUAAAAGGCUGUCAGGCGGGUGAGAACACGUUUUGAAAUAUUUGCUCUCUGUCACGGUGCUCCGUAUACUGUAUGUCAAGGACAUCAGCGCACCAAUUAUUUAUUUAAAUUUUAAAAUAAUAUUAUUACGAUGUAGGAUAUAUAAAUGUAAGGAACGCUGCCAACGGUUGAUUGCAAUCCUAUGUAUUUAAACCGAAGAAAAACAGCAUUCGAAAAACGAGAUAAUAAGUAAGAA